GCUUUUUAGAAACACUUGCGUCGAAAAUCAUGUCAGAAGAGGAACACAUUGAAGCACCACAAACCGUCGCGCACCGGAUGAUACAUUACUUCUACGAAAGUAAGGCCAUCGGCCGGGACGCUUGGAGUUUGAGCUUCUGGGAAGCGUUUCAUCUCCAAAAUCCCGACAUUGAUAUGGAUGCGAAAGCGCUGCGUUCGUUCUUCUACACCGAUAUUAUGCACUCCGUCGACCAUCUGGAAGGGGUACCGUACGAAAUUCUGCAACACAUCAGUCCGCUGUUCAACCGGAUCCGGGCAGAGGUGUUGGAAAAUCGUGACAUUGUGGAGGGUAUCGACUACCUUUUGGACUGUCGGGCCCCUUUGGAGCCAACAGGUGCCACUUCGCUACCUCCGGUUCAGGUCAAAGCCAUUGCGCCAGGCAGUAUCCCAUCGAAAACAAAACAGUGUGACAAAACACCCACCGUGGAGCAGAUACUGCGCAAUGUUUCCGAUGGGCUCAGUGAGUUGGUUUGGACGAAGGAAGAAAAAUCCUCGCGACCGAAGCUUACCAUAGGCGAAUGCUUGCAAAGAACCAGGCAGCUACAGCAGAAUCGUACCCCGCUGGUCCAGUUAAUCGAGCCGGGCAUGAGCUGCUACGAACGCUUCCGACAGAUGGGGCUUGUCGAUCCGUUGGAUAACGAAUCGGUCCAUUCCGGAGAGUCCCAGCAGCAGUUUCAAACCCCGCAGGGCAUUUCCACCCCACUCUCCGCGCAAGUUGGAGGUGAUGCUUCGGGCUCAACGAAAGAAUCCGCCGCAGGUCAUAGCUCCAGGGAUGAGGUGCAAGGUAGCUGCAGCUACCGCUUACCAAAUAUUGCACCGAACUACAAUGCUGCGCUCAAGUAUGUCCGAUCAAAGCAGCGUAAAUUUAACAAAUAGAUCAGACUCAUUUCUUAUCCAUUGCACGAAU